CGCACAAGAGCUGCCAGAGUCUUUCUGCUGUAAAUCUGCUUAGUUUUUCCUUUAUUUGUAAUUUAAAGGCUUGUUGUAUUCCCAAAAGGAUGCGGUUUGAUUGUAUCGUCAGUUUAACUAUUAUUUGUGAGUGUGGCUCUCUGUUGUGUCUCGUCGCUACGUUUGUAACGCUGUUAAGCUAACGUAGCUACAUGCUAAUGUCAACAAUCUCUACACGAAAGAAGCAGCUGAUGCUCACAAGAACUUUUUCAUGGCUUCGUCUGCUGCUUCAUCUUCUGAAUGGCAUGAAGGCAACACCUGUCUAGCUCCAGACUCAAAGGAUGGCAUCCUGCGAGAAGCCACUAUUCGUAGACUAUCUUCCUCCUCUUCCACUUCGAAACAUCCUGAUACAGCCUGGUUGAUAUUUAAGGACCAUGGGGCAGAUGCAGUGGAGGAGUCCGUGCCUGUGUCCAAACUAAAAAAGACCAACAUUACCAGUUUAACCCAGGAGAAACCGUUCUUUUCUGGCACUGUGAUCAACUCUAAUCUAUGUGUGCCUUUAGAGCUAUGUUAUGAACACAAAGUACCUUACACUAUCAAUAGGUACUUGCGAGAAUACCAGAGAGAAGGAAUCAAGUUCAUGUACAACAACUACAUUCACUCCAGAGGAUGUGUCUUGGGCGAUGACAUGGGUCUAGGCAAAACUGUACAGGUUAUUGGAUUCCUUGCUGCUAUAUUGCAUAAAAAAGGAACAUGGGAGGAUAUUGAGAACAACAGACCGUCUUUUCUGCAGAGCCAGGCCUGUAAUAAACAGACUAGUUCAAAUAAGGUCUUCCUUAUUGUGGCACCUUUAUCAGUGCUGUAUAACUGGAAGGAUGAACUGGAGACAUGGGGUCAUUUCCAGUGUGUGGUUGUCCAUGGGCUGAAGAAAGAAGAAGAGCUGAACCGUAUCAGGAAGGGCCGCAUUGAGGUUGCACUCACAACCUAUGAGACCCUCCGCCUGUGUCUGGAUCUUUUUAAUGACAUUGACUGGUCUGCUGUCAUAGUGGAUGAGGCCCAUAAAAUAAAGAAUCCUAGCUCUCAGAUAACACAGGCUAUGAAGGAGCUGAACUGUCAGAUUCGAAUUGGCCUCACUGGAACAAUCUUGCAAAAUAAUCUUGAAGAGCUGUGGUGUGUUAUGGAUUGGGCUGUGCCUAAAUGUCUUGGGAGCUUAGGACACUUCAAAACCAAAUUUUCUGAACCGAUAGAACAAGGACAGAAGCACAAUGCUACCAAGCGCGCUCUUGCUGUUGGAAGAAAAAGUGUGCGAGCAUUAGUGAAGAAGAUUUCUCACUAUUUUCUCAGAAGAACGAAGUCCCUCAUCAAGGAACAACUGCCUAAGAAGGAUGACAGGGUGGUGUAUUGCUCCUUAACGGACUUCCAACGAACGGUGUAUCAGACGGUUCUGGACAGUGAAGAUGUGAGGUUACUCCUGAGAUCUUCUGAGAAAUGUGACUGUGGAAGCAGACAUACCAGGAGACGCUGCUGCUACAAAGCCAAUUCUGAAGGGGUUGAGAUGAAAAAACUUUACUUCACAUAUUUGGCCAUACUGAGGAAAAUUGCCAGCCAUGUUGCUUUGCUCCAGUCCAGCGCAGGGACCAGCAAGAACCAGAAAAAGUAUGUGGGUAUCAUUUGUGAGAAAGUAUUUCAACAAUUUCCAGACUUUGUGCAAAGAUGUAAACAUGAAUCAUUUGAAGCCUUAUCAGACCCAAUGUACAGCGGCAAAAUGAAGGUUUUACAAAAGCUGUUACAUCACUACCGUCAAAGAAAAGAUAAAAUACUUCUGUUUUCUCUCUCAACCAAGUUGUUGGAUGUUCUGGAGAGUUACUGCAUGGCUGAAGGCUUGGACUACAGCAGAUUAGACGGGAACACCAAAUCCAAGGAGAGGGUCCAGAUCGUCAAAGAGUUCAACAGCUCCUCUCACAUUAACAUAUGCCUCGUUUCUACCAUGGCCGGUGGACUGGGUCUAAACUUUGUAGGAGCCAAUGUGGUUGUUUUGUUUGACCCCACGUGGAACCCUGCCAAUGAUCUCCAGGCUAUAGACAGGGCGUACCGCAUUGGCCAGUGUCGGGAUGUUACAGUUCUCAGGCUCAUCUCCUUGGGCACGGUGGAAGAAGUGAUUUACCUAAGACAAGUUUACAAACAGCAACUGCACUCAUCAGUGGUGGCGGUGGAGAGUGCACGGCGGUACUUUGAAGCAGUGCAGGGGGAUGAUGCACAGAAGGGCGAGUUGUUUGGCAUCAAAAACCUCUUCAGACUUCAGACCCAGGGGACAUGCCUCACACGUCAGAUCCUCGAGAGAGAAGGGCAAGUGGAGGCUGGGGUAACAACAGCUCGAACCCACAUGGGGGAGGAGAAGGAAGAAGAGGCAAAGGCACCAGAGGAGCAUGUAAAAGAUUCUACCAUUUCUGCCUCCAAGAACAAUACAGCAAAAGUGCAAAACAAAGAUACUACCAAGCUGCCCAGAGGGGUACUGGACUUUAGCAGUGGCAGUGACGAUGACGAAGGGAUUACAAAGAAGUUAUCAGACCCUUAUACAAAUGAAGCCAAUACCUCUACUCCAGGAAGAAUGACUUUAUUACAACAUGGGUUUUCAAAACUACUGCAAAGAAUUAAAGGAACCCCAGAUUCCAUAGAAGGGGGUAUUUCCAACGUUGACGAUAGCAGUUCUGAUGACGAUAAUCAACAUUCUUCAUCCAAUUUGACCAACUUUACAACACUGAAAGACUCUGACAAGUUGAAGAAAGAGGAAUUUAAAAUAUUAAGUGAUUCUGAGCCAGAUGAAAAGGAUGUAUCUAAGAAAGAACAGAUUUCCAAAACAAAAAAGCGUAAAGCAUUUGUGCCUCUUCCAAACAUAUUUCAAAGUUACUCGGAUGAAUCUGAAGACUUGGACAUAGAGGUGAUGACUUCAAAUCGAAAGAAAGUCCCUAAAAGAACAGCCACAGUUGGUGAAAAAAGCAAAACAAGACAGAAACUUGGACCAAACAAAGUCAAAUUCACAGAAGAGAUCGAGGCAUUUUCAUCAUCUGAAGACGAACAGAUGAGGAAGAAACCUAGACCUAAAGGGAGUCGUUUCAACUCUCCAGUGAAGGAAAGAGUUACCUCAAAUAAUCGAGGGUUUGUGACACCAGAAAAACAAUCAAGGGUCUCCAAAACCUAUUCUCAGUCCCCUCAAUCCAAGAACGGAAGCAUUGAUACUGUGUUAGGUGGUGUCCAGGAAGUAGCCUACACCCACUCCAACCAGAGAGUAGUGGGAGGGAGCAGAGCCGAGGAGCUGAUCAGCAGAGCGGCGGUUAGAGAUGUGUUCGAACGCAAACUGUUCUCUCAAAUGCCUGCCAACCAUCUCUUAGGCACACAGGAGAGCUCGUCGGAGAGCCCCCCAGACAGUCCCCCGAUACAAAGCAGAACUACCUCUACAGGCAUGAGACCCAGAGUGGAGCAUCCUGUUACAUUCAGGACCAGGAUCACAGAGCAGACACGGCACACCACGUUUAUCGUUGGAGAAACGCCACAGACCAUUUGCAGGCAACAAUUGGAGGACAUGGCAACAAAGCUCCACUUUUCUUCAGUUGAACAAUUUGCUAAAGAAGUUCUCAGGAGCGCCUCAAACCAACGUCUGUCCUGGUUACGACGAUACUACACUUCACUGGACCACCCUGAUUUGGCCAGUACGAUCACAAAGCACUUUCCACAAUCUGUUUCUGCAAAGCCCUCCUCUUCUGCCUCUUCCAAAGCAUCGUCGUGUGCAAAGAUUCCUCAUAAUGAAACUACAAAAACAACUGCAAAAGCUACUUCAAGUCCAAAGAAGGGGAGCAAAAGGUCAAAUUGUCAAGAAGCAAAAUUGCAAAUUCAUGAGAAAAAAGAAAAGAUGGAUCCAUUUGAGAAUAUACCAAGCCCAGAAGCAGAUUGGCCCGAGGAGAAAGUUGAGGUUACCACAGAAUUCAUAAAGAAAAGACAGAGAAAAGAUAGUCGUGCUAUAAAUCUGACCAGUUUUGAAGCAAAUUUUUCAAAUAAUAGGGAUUCAAAAGUUAGUCAUAAGUCACCUAAUACACUUGCCAAGUCUACAUUUCAAAAAACAAAAGAUGUAUUUGAGAAUAUUCCAAGUCCAGAAGCAGACUGGCCUGAGGAAAAAGUCGAGAUUACCAGCGAAUUCAUAGAAAAAAGAACGAAAAAAGCUAGUGGUGCCCUAAACCCGACCAGUUUUUUGAGUCACAAAGAUUCAGAAAUGAACCCAAACUUACCUGCUCCACUCGCCAAGCCUACAUUCCAAGAAACAACGGAUAAACAGAAAAUGUCCAAGAAUUCCCAAGAACCGAAAACGGAUUCUGGUUCUUCAACUAGCGCAAAUGACAAGUCUUUUCUUACAGAUCUAAUAGGAGACACCUCAAUACUUGACGAUUUGUUCAAACCGAAAAAGAACUCCCCAAAAACUGCUAACUCAACUUCAGUAUUGUCUAGCAAACCCUCGUCUUCUAAGGAUUCUCCAGUACCAGCUUUGUGUGAGGGUAGUUCUUCCAAAACGAUACUGAAAAAAGCUUCCAAGGACUUCUGGGAUGUCCUGCAGGAGGGGGACGAGGAGAGUUUGAACAGACUGACGGACCUAGCCGAAGUGCAGAGGGUUUGUGUCAGCACGAACAUUGCAGCUAGAAAUCACUACAAAGAAGAGGAGAAUAAAAGGCUGUGGAAAACCAAUGAGAAAUUUCUAUGGAAAAAAUAAGUCAUAAGUCAGUUUUAAAGGUUCACCGUGGAACUUUUCUGGUGGAGAGUUGUCGCCUGCUUUUGUCCAUGGAGAAUUUUUUUAUGUGUUGUUCAUAUGAUAUUCCACAUUAUGCUUUUAAAAGUAUCUAUCUUGGGUGGUUUUAAUUCUAAAUGAUUUUAUAUUGUGGAACAUUUCAGCCAAAGCAAUGACACCUCCACGAAAACAAACAGGCCCUGGAUCCAGAAAAGUUACAGAGUACACCUUUUAGUUAGGCGUAUCUGUUCAUUUAUUUACCUCAUGUUUAUAGUCUCUGUUUCUAAGUUUUAAAUAUGUUUUAUUUAACUUGCACAAUGUCGAAAACAAUGGUGAGGUAUUCAAAUGGUUUUAGAAUAAUAAAUUAAUUUUACAGUUA